AUGGACUCAUCCGCACCAACUUCAAAACCGCGCAUCCCAGGCCUUCCCAACCCAGUGAUUGACGCAGAGCAGCAGAAAUGGCUCUUCACCGAGGACGAGUUCGAUCGCACGCCGUCGCGAAAUGACAAGAUCGAACGUGAGAAGGAGGACUACAUCCGGCAUCGUGCUGUCGAAUUUAUAUGGCAAGUCAGUCUGAUGUUGAAGAUGCCCCCGCAAACAUCGAUGACCGCGACGGUCUAUCUGCAUCGGUUUCUGAUGCGCUAUUCGCUCAUGGGCCAAUAUCCGGAGAUGGGAUCGGACCUGAUGCACCCGAAGGUGAUUGCAGCGGUUGCGCUGUUUGUUGCUUUCAAGGUGGAUGAAACGAUGCGUCGCAUGAAAGAUUUUGUCAUCGCAUGUUGUCGUGUCGCUAUGAAGCAGUCGAACUUAGUGGUCGACGAACAAUCUAAGGAUUACUGGAAAUGGCGAGACUUGAUUCUGCAGAAUGAAAGUGUGAUGCUGGAAUUCCUGUCCUUCGAUCUACAACUUGAAUCACCCUACCGCGUUCUCUGGGAGUACACCUGCUACCUCGGCGUUCAAGAAAACCGUGCCCUGAAGCACUCUUCAUGGGCCUUCCUCAACGAUUCCACAUAUACCGUUAUCUGCCUGCAGUUCCCUCCGCGCGUGAUCGCCGCAGCUUCACUGUACGCUGCGGCCCGACACGCGAAAAUCUCCUUCCCAGAUGACGCAGAAGGUCGACCGUGGUGGGAACAAUUCGACGUCCGACUCGAAGAUCUCAUCCGCGCAUGCACGACCAUCGUCGAAAUAUACGAGCGUGUCCAACAAACACUCAGCAAAAACUAUCCUGAAUUCUCCAUCUCAGAGACCUUCUCCACAGACCCAACCCGCGGCUUUGACGAAACCAAGUCCGCCUCCGAACAACCCUCCAAACCACCCUCUCUCUCCGUAACCGACGAAACAAGCACAAAUGGCCGAAAGCGCUCGCGCGAGCCAGAGUCUCUCCCUGCAAACGCUACCACCCCAAAUUCUGCUCACAAUCAACCCUCACUAAAUGGCAAUGGCGCAGAGCGCUCACCAAAGCGCCAGCGAACAGUCACUCCCUCCGUGGAGCCGAACUUUCCCAGCGAAACACAGCUCCCGACCUCUCGAUCUCGCAUUCCCACCGGCUCACUCCCGCCAAAACCACCCGGGUCUGCGCAAGCCGGUACCAAAGACUCAAGUGCCGAAGAAGGCGAAGUCUCCGAGAAUGAUCGGGUCAAUACCUCUUCAAAUGCCCUUCCUGCUGAGACGAAGCCAAGCGGUGAUAAUGUCGAGGAUGAGGGCGCAGGAAGUGAGGAAGGAGAGAUAUGA